CAACGCGUGAGAUGUAUGAAUUCGAAUCCCACCUCUUGGGAACCUGGGGCAUCCCGAGCAGCCGCCGCCGCAGCCAUGGAGGCGGGGUGGAGGUUUGCCCUUAGAGGCUGCGGGAGACGGAGCAAAGCCACUGCAGCUGGCCACUAGGAGCAAGGCAGCCCCUGUGCACGCUCCGCGGGCCGGCCCCCUUUGCCCCGGCCCCCCUUGCCCCGGGAAGGAGGAUGCACCGCACGCCGUGGCUUUGAGAGAUUGGGCUGAUUUUAUGCAAGCAUCAGACCUGGGCUGCGUCUGGCGGGGCGGAUGCUGAGACUGCGGCUCUCGCCCAGCUUUGGGCUGGCUCCCUUUGUGCAUUGAUUGACCACUGAGCAGCUCCCCACCCCACCCCCUCCAGAUCCCCUACCCUAGGGAGCCUGACAGCAGCAAGUCGAGCCCAGCGGGAGGAGGGGGUCGGAGGAAAGUUGCAGCUCAGCUGCUGGUGGUGGGGAGAUGCAGGCUGAGGCUGACCUGCAGGGGAGAGAGGUGGUUGCUGUGUCCAGGAGGGGCAGAGCCCCGUGGGCAGCUGCAGAAUCCAGGGCCAAGUGAAGAAGUGCAACGGACAGCACCAUGAAGCUGCGGCUGCACCAGGCCCUGGCGGUGCUGCUGGCCUGGGGGACCUUGUGCCUCUGCCUUGUUUCAUCAGAGGAGCCCACCGCUGAGGGUCUCACCUCAACCUCCUUGGUGGAGUUUACAAUGAUGUCCCAUCUGGAGCUACUGGAUUCCAGCGAGCAAAGCAACCCAGAGGCCACGGAGCCUGACCCCGUCCUCAGUGCCCUGCAUGCCUCCGCGGGAUCAGGCUUUGCUAGUGAGGAGAAUGAGGAGUCCAAGAUCCUACAGCCCCCCCAGUACUUCUGGGAAGAUGGGGGAGAUCUCAACGAUUCCAGCCUGGAUCUGGGACCAGCAACAGACUACAGUUUUCCAGUCACCUCUCAUAAGGCCCUGCCCAAGGGAAACAGGACGCAGGUUAAAGACAACUGGGAAACCGCCCCCCUUCAGCCGUCAUCGGAUUCCGUGGAGCCUGACCCACAUACGCCUUUCUCCGGUGCUCUGGAGGAAGAGGAAGGGCUGCUCCCCAUAAACCAUUCUAAGGGAGGGCAACAGAGCAGCCAGACUCAAUGGCCAAAGGACAUAUCUUCAGAAGCAGCUGGCCAGGAGGACUCCUUGUUCUCCCUCCUGUUCUCCACAGCCUCCAGCAGACUGGGUGUUGUGACUGAGGCAGCUGUAGAAAGGCAAGAGGAGGACUCUGUUCCUGAGCACACUUCUUUGGGCUUUGACCUAGGGAGCAGCAUAGGGCCAAGUCUGCUGCCUGUGUCCUCCAUCCUGUCGGUCACCACUGCAGGAUCCCAAGGUGUCGCAGAGCAUGCCAUCCAGGUGACUUCAGAAAAUAUUGGGGCUACAGUGGGAGUAGGAAUGGAGCGAGCAGGGACCGUGGCAACAGCAGAGUCCACACAGACCCUGGUGGGAGCUGGAGUGGAGACCACAGAGCUCCCAGUGAGAGGGGAGCUCAUUGAGUCCACAGUACGAGAGGGUGGGGAGCAAAUGGGGCCCACAGUGCUAACUGGAAUGGAGCAAACAGAGGAAGCUCCUGAGGUAACAUCUCCUGGAGGCAGCCCCCAAGAUCCCAAGAUUGUUUCUGGUAGUGGUGAUGGCCCCACAAAUGCCAGCUCCUCGGCGGCUUCCUUGGAUGGGUCUGACGAGCCAGCUGCAACUCCUGCUCAGAAUGGCACGAAGCUGGCUAUUGAGACCACGGCAGCAGAGCGGAGCUUUGUGCCACAGACUGGGGACACCCACCUGGAUGUGCUGUCAACAGGACUGCCCUGGAACUCGGCACAGGUGAUCUGCAAGGACUGGAGUAACCUGGCAGGGAAAAACUACAUCAUUCUGAACAUGUCUGAUAACAUCGACUGCGAGGAGUUUCGGCUGGAGAAGGGUCCCCAGCUGCUGGCUCUGGUGGAGGAUGCCUUCUCCAGGCAGACAGAUGGACUGCAGGCCCAGUGGCUGAUCUCUCUGAGCAAACCCAAUGAGAAUGACAAGCACCUGCUAAUGACCUUGGCAGGGGAGCAGGGUGUCGUCCCUACAAAAGAUGUCCUGAUGGCACUGGGGUAUGUUCAGAGGAGCUUAGCCGAGAUUGGCAUCCAGAACUACUCAACCACCACAAGCUGCCAGUCACGGCCCAGCCAGACCCACAGCGACUAUGGGAAACUCUUUGUGGUGCUGGUCAUCAUUGGUUCCAUCUGUGCCAUCAUCAUCAUCAUGGGGCUUAUCUACAAUUGCUGGCAGAGGCGCCUGCCCAAGAUGAAGAACAUGUCACACGGCGAGGAGCUGCGCUUUGUGGAGAACGGCUGCCAUGACAACCCCACCUUGGACGUGGCCAGUGACAGCCAGUCGGAGAUGCAGGAGAAGAAGACCAGUGUGAAUGGCGGAGGUGCCAUCAAUGGCCCCGACGGCUGGGAUGUCCUGAUCACCAAGCGGGCGAGUGAGGACGCAGGUGUCUUUGAGGAAGAUACACAUCUUUAAAAAGAGAAACAGCUUAAAUAUAUGUCUAUCCUAUCUUGACUUAAGGACUGUGAGGUGAGGGGCAGCUUCUCAGGAACCUCUUAUAGGGCUUGGGACAGAGCGACUCUUUCUUGUUGUGGUCCUGAGGCUGCGUCCGAAUCCUGGAGCGAGAAGGGUCACUGUGAGUGGAGGGAGGCGGGUGGGGCACUGGGGUAUGUAUGUGUAUGUGUCUUUUGCUAUCAGUAGCGCCAAUGCUUUUUUCAUCACUUUUAAAUGCACUUACUUAGCUCUCCGGUUGCGGUUGAGAAUGGCUGGGUUUGAGAAAUAAAAUGAUGAGGCUAAGAUGGAUUCCAAGUGACUGGGGAGUCAACUCACACUGGGUGCCCAGCAGGGAGAUGGCAGGCCAGACCCUGACCUCACUGGCUCCUGGAGCUGGAAUCAGAAUCUGUCCCAGCAGGUGCAAUAGGAAAAUCUGUGUCUUGUUCUGGAUCUGGGAAGCAAAGAUUCAGUUGAUGUCCUGGGCAGAGAGUUUGCAUUCUGUGCAUGUAUGAAGGUCAGAUAUUCUCUAGUGCCCUUGCUUUAGCUUCUGAUGGGAUGGGCUGUUGUGUUGUUCAGAUGAAAACAUUUUCCUGUGAGCUCUCACCUCUGCCUAAUACCCCCAAUCCCUUUUCGGUUCCACAAGCACCACGUUGAACCUGAAAAGUUUGAGCACUUUAACCUAGCCUGGUUUGGCUGGAUGAUUGCAGAGAAUUCAGUGCUGCACUGCAGAGCCUCUGCUGGUACAUCAGUGUGGGGUGGGAAUUCACCUGAAAAGGACAAUUACCUGCCUCCUGGCAGCUUGGGAGGUCACAUCAGCAAAAGGAUCCCUUGUCUAAAUCACAGAGUAGGAGGCCUUUUCUGCUCCUAUCCCAUUUUCCAUGGUUGUGGCCUCCAGCUGUGGUUGAUCUUGUGAGAUGAACAUACAGAGCAGCUAGGACAUCUUAAUGAAAGAAAAUAAGAUCCAGAGACUGAAAACUUCCCCCUUCCAUUUGGGACCUUACCAGAUCUGUUUCAAGGGAGAAGAUUCUAGUCUCACUCACAUCGGUAUAAAGCAGGAGUAACUCCACUGAAGUUAUUGCAUUUAAACUAGUAUAAAAGUCAAUGUGAGGUCAGAAUCAAGCCUAAAAACACGCAUACGAGUGCUUCUCAGGCAUGCCUUGGGCAAACCUUAAGGCCCCAUCUCCCUGAGGAUGUGAUAAAAUGAACUUGAACAUUCAUAACUAUGCUCCCAGCUCUGCCUAAAUCAUGAUGCUCAAAAUUACUGCUCUUUAGUUUGAAAUGUUUUGUCCCUUUUUUUCUCCUCGUUGUUUCAUGGACUUGGGUCCAAAAUAAAUACAUAAGAAAUUCCCCUCUUCACCCUGUUUUGCAUAUCUCCAUUUUCAGGCUAGCUGUCUGCCUGCGGCAAGAUGCUAUUAAAGUUUGGUCUUUAAGGGAAUAACUAUACAAAAAGAUCCAAAUGUAUUUAAUGAGGAUUAGCAAUUAACUUGUAAUUCAAAUCUAUCUAUCUAUCUAUCUAUCUAUCUAUCUAUCUAUCUAUCUAUGUCUGUAGGAUGCUCAUCACUGAUAUCAGAGUGCUGAAAGUGAGGAUAUAAAUGAUCUUGUUAAUACAGAUUCCUUUUUGCAUAGCAUCUUCCAUACAAACUGACUCCCAAAUCAACUGAAUUGAAUAAUGCAGGACUAUAAUCAGUUUAUGUUAUGGAAUCAAGAACCACUAUGUUUAAAAUGCUUUGAGGUUCUUCAGGCUGAAGAGAUGCUAUAUAAAAUGUAAGACAUUAUAUGGUGAAUAAAUAAAACAUUGAGUUCAGUUAUGUGUUUAUACUGCACCUAGCACAAUGGGGCUAACCUGCCUGUGGCCUUUAAGCAGCCCACAGUAUAAUAUUAAUAAUAUAGCCACUAAUCCUUAUUAAAUAUGUUUAAUAUUCAGUAGCUACUAUAAAAAAUCAUAUUAAAUCAAACAUGGAUUAGGACACCCACACAAAAUACAUUUUUCCUUUGUUGGUUUCCCUCACUUGUUACUUCAGUGCUGGGCUGCUUUGCCACUUUUGUUUCAUAUCCUCUCACCAUGUACAGAGACAGCAGAGAGCUGGUCAGCUAAUACUCAAGUCCAAUGGUGACAUAAGUCACCAUUUGUUGAGAUGGCAGGGAGCCACCAAACUUUAAAUUGUUAAAGGUUUGUCAUCGAGGCUUAUUAAUUAGCAGCUCUAGCUGUGAAAGCUGCCAGCUACCAAGCUCUGGUGGCUUGCUACUCCAGUUCCUUAUGGUUAGAGUAGCACCAUGAUUGUAUCUCAGGAGGCAAAUUCUGAGGUUUAGGAGCUCUCCAAACGUCUAGAUUUCAGAGUAGCAGCCGUGUUAGUCUGUAUCCGCAAAAAGAAGAACAGGAGUACUUGUGGCACCUUAGAGACUAACAAAUGCUCUAAUAAAUUUGUUAGUCUCUAAGGUGCCACAAGUACUCCUGUUCUUCUUUCUCCAAACGUCUAGAGUGGUCUUUGGAUGUCUGUCACAGUGGCCAGAUCACUUGCUUCGGAAGCGUCUCAGAGGAGGUGUGGCUUGGCUUUGGAAUCCCAGCUUGUCUCCAAAGGUCUUGUGGCUGAUAGCAUUUUACUAUUAAAACUGAGAAAUUUUUAAAAUUUACCUUCCCCACUUAAUUUACUAUUUGCAUUUGGCUGAUCUUGGGGGGGGGUGAAACUUCAUGCAUCAGUUACACUGCAUGGGCCUGAUCCUGUAAUCCUUCCAUGAGCAAAGAGCUCUUAUUGACAUCCAUGUGCAGGAUUUGGCCGUGUAUUCCUAGUCAGUUUUACUCUGGGUCUUGUGUUUUGGGUUUCUAAUGCUGCAAAGGGAGAUUUAAAGGAAGAAAAGAAACAUUUGUUUUUUUUUAAUUGAUUAUUUGUUUAAAUCAUGGAAACUUUUCUGUUCAUAUAAUUUUGUCACACUUCUAUUUUUACCGUAAACCCUCAGUGUUGGGCACCAAACUGGACAGAGGAUAAGUUGACAGUUGAAAAACUUACUUCGCAUUCAGUAAGGUUUCUUUGUAGUCCUGUCUGCCACGUAUUAGGUUACACUGACACCUGGUGGCUUCUGGUAGUUAUAGGUUAAAUGAAUAAAAAGGACAGUUUUCUCUUA